AUGGCUCGUGCCGCUGGCGAGCUUGGGGGGCAUACCGAUGCUUUCACAGAAGCAAACCACUUCUGGAUCAUGCGAAGUCCGGCAACUCUCCAGAAGUCCCACAGGAGCCUUUUGGGAGAGCUUCUGGUCCCUGCCCAGAUCCUUGCAGUGAGAAACCUGACUCCUAAGAUCAAAGAGCUGAAGCUGCAGGUCGAAGAACAUUCAGGCUUCACCUUCAAAGCAGGCAAUUGGGUGGAUUUCUUCAUCGAUCAGGAUGGUGUCAGCAAGGUGGGCGGGUACUCCAUGUCAUCCAUUCCAUCAAGUCUUCCGGAGCUACGCCUGGCGGUGAAGACUUCCCGCCAUCCACCGGCCCAGUGGUGCCACACCUUGGCGCAGCCAGGGAAAUGGGUGAAGUUGAGGAAAGCUGGAGGCAGCUUCUACUUUGAUGCGUACGAGCAUGGAAGGCAUCUGAAACAUUUGAUCUUCAUUGCCGGCGGAAUUGGCAUCAAUCCCAUUUUCUCAAUGCUGCAGGAGGCUUUGCACGACCAGCACGAGCUUCGCAGUUUGGAACGCAUCACGCUAUUGUACUCUGCAUCAACGGCCGACGAGAUGGCUUACAGGACGGAUUUGAUGGCCUUGGCUGCAACACAUCCUUUGCUUGACUUGGAGCUCCGCGUCACACGAGAUGAGACCUGGCUGGGUGCCCGUGGGCGUCUUAACAUGGAGCAGCUGCGGCGACACCUGGGAGAGGCCCAGCCAACACUGAGUGCUUUCUUGCAUUGGGAUGCUGACGGAGAUGACCAUCUUGUUGAGGACCAAAGCGAAGUCGAGGCGGUGAAUGGAUCCAAUGCAAUCUGUGAGGAUGUGGAUGCUUUGCCAGCUUUGCCAGAGGCAAAUGAAGGUGUGGCGGACACCCACUCCGACCUCCCAAAAGGACCGCUGCUCGUUCGGGAGUGGCCCGCCGCGCCGGAAGCCAGUCCGGUUGGAGGCCAAGAAGCCGAUUUGACGACCUUUGGAGCUGAUGGAGUGGAUCCCACUGAGCUGCAGAGGAAGCUUCAGGACCUUGUCCCAGAGCAUGUGGUCAACAAAGAGGCCACCGAGGAGUCACCCAAGGAGCUUCGCUUCAGUCACGUGGAGCAGGUGGUGGAGCCAGAAGGUAGCGACUUCCCAAGCGCUCCUGCAGCAGUGCUAGCUGCUGCAGUUGCAGCAGCAGCGCAGGAGCAAAAUUCUGGCGAAGAGAGGAUUGAGGAUGUCCCGAAUGGUGUGCCGAAAAGAAUAUCUUUGGGACGAGUCGAGCAUGAGGCUGGGCGACGGCAUGCCACUGAGCCUCCAACGCCAACCGUCUCUGUGGUGGACAUGGAUGAUGAGGUGUCACGACACAUUGACAACUUCUUUGGAGAUGAAGAGGUUUGGCCAAAGCUCAUUUGCCAAGCCGACUUGCAACGACUGAGCAGCGAGCUGAUGCACCGAAUUCAGCACUUGCCAGUUGUUUCAAAAAGCUCCAGGUUCAAGGUGACCGUCCCGAAGCCCUACCCCGGAGUGCAAUAUAGGCGGUCAAAGCAAUUGGAGGAGACUUGA